AUGAUUGUUCUUACAGGUUCUACCGGCGGGAUAGGCCGCGCCGCUCUCCAGACGCUCCUCUCAGAGAAGCUGGUCCCGGUCUCAGAGCUGCGCAUUUCGGCCUACAAUACGGCUGCCAUCCCGACCGCCGUCCGUGAAACCGGGAUUGAGAUCCGCAAGGGUAACCUGUACGAGCCGUCGACGCUGGUGGAGUCGUACUCCGGCGCGGAGGUGUUGUUCUUGGUGUCGUUCCCUUCCAUGGGCGAGGAACGCUACAAGCUGCACCGGAAUGCCAUCGACGCCGCCAAGGCCGCAGGCGUUCGCCACAUCAUCUACACCUCGCUCUCAUUCUGUGGUGGAGCUGAAGGCAACACGAGCGUCGCGCAGGUCGCGCAGGCCCACCUCCUGACCGAACGCUACCUAAAGGACAGCGGGAUGACCUACACGAUCCUUCGUAUGGCGUCCUACUCGCACCUAUGGAACAACUAUGCCGGGUUUCUGAAGCUGGAUGCCGCUCCCGACGUCGUUCAGGAAGCUGUGCUGCCCAAUGACGGCCUGGAGCACUGGGCGAACAGGGCUGAGCUGGGCGAGGCCACCGCGAGGGUCAUCGCGAACUGGCAAAACUACAUCAACAGAACCCUGAAUUUUACUGGUCCCGAGCUCUUGACUGGGGUCGACAUCAUCAAGAAGUACAUGAAGCAUACCGGCAGGAAGGUCAAUGUUCGCGUCUUGCCUGUUGAGGAGGCCAUCGCUUGGCACGUCAAGAAUGGGAGUGUGCCACCGGAGCAAGCCAGCUUCCUUGAGAACUGGGCGAGCUGGCACACUGCCAUUUCGCUUGGUGAAAAGGCCUUCCUCGAUCCUACCUUGGAACAGCUGCUAGGCCGGAAGCCCAAGACGAUUGAUGACCAGGCUGCUGACAUUUUCUCAGCAUCACACGGCCUCGACACUAAGGACCUGGUGGAGCUAGGACUCAUCCUGGGAGGAACUCCACAGACCACAUUCUGCGACCUCCUCGGCUCGAGUGAACAUAUCGUCGGCGCUUUGCAUGAAUACUCGCAGAGGCCGGUCUUUCGUAGCAGGAAUCCUAGCCUGCGUAGCCGGGAUGAGCUGUAUCAGCGCAAGCUGCGGGAUAUGCUGGUAUCGAAUGCGCUGCCGAAACUCUGUGAUAAGACAUUCAAGGUAUUCGUGGAGAGGGUUUUUCCCUUUGAGCAGAUUGUUCAGGCGCAUCAGUUGCUUGAGAGUGGCUCCUCCAAGGGGAAGAUUAUUAUGAAGAUUGAGUAA